AAACAAGAUUAAAUAAAAAAACUUUGUCUUAUUAAGUUAUAAAAAAAAAAUUAACCAAAUUAAAAAUGAAAGUAGUUUUUAUUACCCUUUUUCUGAGUGAAAUUGGUAUAAGUCUUAAAAUGAUUAUGUUACGUGGAUUUAAAAUACACAAUUAAGAUGGCUUAUUGGUUUCAUAGACACCCAUUAAAGGCAACCAAAGUGCAAAACUUUGAUGCGUUAAAAAUUAUUUCCAAAAGUGUGCCAGCAUCUAAAAUUUGUAGUGAUCUGCGUUUAACCAGAGCAAAGUUGUUACAGUUACUUGCUGAUCCAAGAAAUAAUUCUCAAGUUGUAGAACAAACUAUGUUAGAAUAUUUAGAGCUCCUGUUAGGAUUGUGUGAAGGAGUUGCACAGCAAGAAAACACUUCAGAUGUUGAAGCCAAAUUAAGAAAAGUUGAAGUAUUUACAUGGACACAUACUAUCUGUGGAAAUGUUGGCCAGGCUCUGCCUGAUUCAUACUAUGAAUUAGUUUCUAUCAUAACUGAUUUUGCACUGUGGUAUACAAAAAAAGCUUCAUUUAUUUCUUCAAAUGAAGGUUUGUCUGAAGAUGAGGCGAAAGAUGUAUUUCGAUAUCUUCGUCAAGCCGCCGGAAUUUUUCUAAAAGCUAAAAGCUAUAGCGAAAGUAAGCUGGGAGCUGGUUUGCUUGAAAAACACAGUGAUGUAGAUCCUCGCAUACUGGAUGCGUAUCACCUUCAAUCUCUUGCAGAAGCUCAAGAAGUGACUGUAGCAAGAGCAGUGGAAUUAAAGCACAAAGCUGCUACAGUUACAGCUGUGGCUUUAGGGACAAGUUCUUUAUUUAAAAGUGCUGAUGAAUGCUUACGAAGCAUUGAACAAACUAAAGCUGCUAAGUGGAGGAAGUAUCUUCAGUUAAAGAAAAAUAUUUAUCUGGCUUAUGCUCAUGCUUUUAAAGGUGAAAGCUUACUAAGUGAAGACAAGUGUGGUGAUGCAAUUAAAUCAUUACAAGAAGCAGAAAAAUGUUAUGCUAUGGCAAACAUACUCUGCAAAGAAUAUGCUUCUGUCAAAGGUCCAGGAUCUUCUGCAAGACCUGGGGAACAUCAAUUUUUUCUUCGACUUGGACCAAUUAUAAAAAUGAAAUUAGAAAAAGCAAAUCACGAAAAUGGUUUCAUUUACCACCAAAAAGUUCCUUCAGAAGUUCCUGAGUUAGAAACAACAGAAAUCGGAAUGGCAAGUCCUGUGGAAUAUAUAGUUCCCCCAAUGAGCACUCGCUGGAAACACGAAGUUCUAACAGCAUUUCAAACUCAAGAGAAUAAGCCUCACAUGACCAAUAAAGAUAAUAAAGAAAUAAUAGAACCAAUAAAAGAAGUUAAAGAUCCGAAUACAAGUUCUUCAAAGGGAGAGACUGGGUGUAUAGUGUCAUAAAUAUUAAAUGUUUCACAACACAAGCUUCUCUGAGUGACACAAAUUAUCAUCUUACUAAUUUGAAUAUUUAAAUAUGAAACUUUAGUAAAUAGAGAAUGUUCUAGUUUUUAUUAGGACAUUAAUUUUUUUUAUCAGAAAUAUUUUCAAAUGUUUAACUAAAUUUAUGUAUAUUAACAUUCAAACACAUUCUAAUUUGAAGUGAUGUUUAAAAGGUGUAUGCGCUUUUAAUAUUCACUUUUAAUGUUCAUAUUUUUUCAAGCAUCUUGAGUGAUGUAAGAUAAUUGUAUAUAAAGAUUAAUGUUGAUUGUAUUUUUUAGUUUUAUUCUCUGAGGAAAAUAUUUAUUUGCGUUA